UGUUGUGUAAUUGAUGAGAAACAUGAGGACGAUAUCAUGUUUAUGUUUUGGCUUAUCGGUUCUCUGGACUUUAACACAAGCGCAAUAUGUACCAAAGAUCACGUAUCUUCACGUUGUCUCCGAGAUUGACUACCGUUUCUCUAGGACGAUAAUCACCACCAAAAUGGUCAACAAUAGACAAUUUCCUAAAGAAGCUCAGUUUGACGUAGAUUUACCAAAUGAGGCCUUCAUCACUGGUUUCAAACUGACCGUAAGAGGCAUAGACUACCAUGGCAAAGUCAAAGAAAGAGAAAUUGCAGAACGCGAAUUUCAGGCUGCAAAGGCACGCGGCGAAACAACUGGAACUGUUGUAGCAAGCCAACGGAACACGAAUAGCUUCCGGGUAAAGGUCAACGUAGCAGCGAAUGAUGAAGUGAUCUUCGAAUUGACCUACCGAGAGCUUCUGAAAAGAACUAAGGGUUACUACAGUCACGUGAUAUAUCUUAAUCCCGGCCAACUUGUGGAAGAUUUCCUCGUCAGCGUCAUGAUUACGGAAUCCCGAACUAUUACAACCAUUAAGAUACCACCUCUGCAGAAGGGUCUUUUACACGAUGGUCCAAUGGGGAACAACGACCAGACCAGUGUUGAAUAUUUUUCCAAAACGCAGGCGAUGGUCACAUACCAGCCCACUCUGAAACAACAGGCAGAGCUCUCAGAUGGAGGUGUUUCUGGUAAAUUCAUUGUUCAAUAUGACAUUGAGAGAUUCAACGAUGCUGGCGAAAUUCUGGUUAUGGACGGCUAUUUCGUACAUUUCCUCGCCCCUAAAGGCUUAGACCCUAUUCCUAUGGACAUCGUAUUCGUCUUUGAUAAGAGUGGCUCAAUGGAACCUUUGAAAAUUAGCCAGCUUAAGGCUGCUAUGUUCAGAAUUUUAGAUGAUGUAAAGCCCACCGACAGGAUUUCAAUGAUAUCAUUUUCACACUCUGUCCAUGACUGGGGACGUGGAAUGAUACCAGCUGAUAAUACUAAUAUCUUAGCAGCCAAGCAGUUUGUAAAGGAGCAGAUGGCAUUUGGAGGAACAAACAUCAAUCAAGCAAUUACGACGGGACUUGCAGAUUUGAAUAACGCAAAUCAAGGGACCCGUCCUGCCAUCAUGGUUUUCCUCACUGAUGGCAAACCAACCAUAGGAGUAAAAAACCCAGAUAAAAUUUUAGAAAAUAUUUAUGAUGCUAACGAACUUUUUAUUCCUAUUUUUACUCUUGCUUUCGGUAAAGAGGCAGAUUACGAUCUUGUAAGGAAAAUUGCAACUCAGAACUUUGGAUUUGCCAGGAAAAUCUUCGAGGAUGCCGAUGCAGCAUUGCAAAUUGCCGGAUUUUACGACGAGAUCGCUGGGCUUCUGCUGGAAGAUGUUGAGUUCAAAUAUCUAGAUGGAACUCUAUAUGACAGCACGGUUACCGACACAAAGUUUAAGAGCUACUUCAAGGGAACUGAGCUCAUAGUUUCUGGGCACGUCCAAAACAUUGAUAGAUUACAAGAAGGAAUGGCAAUUCAAGGAAAAUCUUAUGGACGUAGAAAUGUCACUAUGAAUUAUCCACCCAAUCAAUGCACAAUACUUCCAUAUAAAGAUGAAGGACUGCCCAUUGGACAAAAACAUCCUGGAAUGAUGGAAAAACUUUGGGCCUACCUGACUAUCAAGCAGUUGUUGGAGAAACGGGAAGCCAUUGAUAUUCUUCAAGAGAUACAGCAGAUUGAAGCGGAAGUUAUACGUAUAUCUCUGAAGUACCAUUUUGUUACCCCACUGACGUCAAUGAUCGUUACACUACCCAAUCAGCAACAAGUUGAACCUUGCACGUGUGGUGCGAUUCCAAAAACAGGUUCUACACAAGGAAUUUCAAACCCUCUUGGAUCCUCGGGUAUACCUGUUCCUCCAAUUCUUCCUGGCCAUGCAUUCAGCAGAGCAGACAUAGACCGACAUCUUGGAUUCCCUCCCGGAGCUUUUGCAAAGAAGAAAGCAAAGAAAGCCAUUUCAGUACCAAAGCGUCAAGGUGGCACUCAGACGAUACAGACAUCAAAACAGACAUCAAAACCUCAAGCAGGUGGACCGAUCCGUCGAAUAAGCCCACGACAGGGUGGUUUUAAAAAUAGAUUCAACAAAAUUGUAAGGCCAAAGACAGUUGCACCGACCCCUAAAAUUUCCCCGUCACAAAGUAGGUCACCAACGCCUACAUUUGUCGCAAAGUUGUCUGGAAUGAUGGACUCCGUGUGUUUCAAUCUUCCGUUAGCUGAGAGGAAAACCUACAACCUUCUAAAAGUAGAUAUGCGUAACAGAGGUUAUAUAUUUGAUGCAACUAUGGGACGGAAAUUAGUGGAUACAUUGAAAGUAAUCCGGAAAAUAAUGAGGCGCCAGAUCCCGAAAACUCUGAGAAAAACGGUAGAGGACGAAAUUGUUCACAGUCAACGUGAGAGGGUUAGCGGCUUGCUAAUAAAAGUCCUCAGCAAAGCAAACGGACUCUUGGUCAACUUUGAAGUAUUGCACAAAAGAGGCAAACCUGGUGGAUUGUUAGGUGUACUACGAAACCUUGGUGCCACAAUAACCAGUAAGACUGGGGGAGAUGCUACAAUAUCCAUGAGCAAUGGUUCUAAUCAAAGAACUGUAACGGCUAAAGAGAUAACAUACAACUCAAGAAGCAAUAAAAAGUGUUGGUUCAUCAAAGAUGUGGACAUGGAGGCUCUUAAUAUUGAUGUCCGUCCUUUUAUUCAGGCUUAAGUUCAUGAUAUAUAGUCCGUGUAUCGGGGUUAUCGGCACGUUAUGUUAGCAUUUGACUAUAUCUGAUCACCACAAGGCAGAAAAACAAAUAUAGUCAAAGAGCAAUAUUUGUAUUCCCGGUUCAUGUUUAUGUGUAUGUCAUGAUCAGAGAAAGGCCAAUUUUUAUUGUUUUCUUUUAGUUGUUUACUUUUUAUAUGUCACUGAGAAAUUCACGGUGACAUGUAUUUUGUUUAUAUAUAACCAUUGUUAUGUGCAAUAAAUACGGUACACUGUU